ACAACCAUCGUUAAAAGACCAAUCGAUUUUCUACGCUCCAUUUAAAAAUAGUCAAGAAAGAAAAGAAGAAAAAAAAAUCUUAACGACUGCAUUUUUAAUGUCGUAGAAGGAGAGAAAAAAAACCUGUUGAAUUUGCAUAAGACUGUUUUUGUUACACUUAACUAUAACAACGGCAUAUCGACACGUUUGAUCAUAAACUGCAUGUUACUGAACAAUUCAGUUAAUUAAAAUCUAAUCAUAUUUAGAUAGUGCACGACUGCAACGUUUGAACUUGAAACAUUGGAGGAAGCAAAUAAGUAUAAAGUGAACUGCAGUUAAAUAAUACAACAAGUGCAAGCUAUAAAAAGUUGUGAAAAAGCUUUUGAUUGACAACGUUGAAGCAGUUUCAAUUUUUUUAUUUCAAAAUGUGUGGUGUAACAGGCAACGCUCAAGAUGGAAAUUACAAAGUUAAUGAUCUUCAGUUGAAAGACAACAAAAGAGCUCAGUUUGUUAAAGAAUCUCUCAAGAACUUAAUCCUAAGCAAUGAACAAAUUGAGAAAGUCGGUGAAGCGUUCAAGCAAGAAAUGUCAUCAGCUUUGGAUGAGAAAACAUCAUCAUUGCAAAUGGAAAACACAUACAUACCAGAACUACCGAAUGGAAGUGAAGAAGGAACUUAUUUGGCGCUUGACUUAGGCGGAACAAACUUCCGCAUCAUUCUCCUUGAACUUGCAAACGGCGAAUUCUUGAAAGAGGACUUUAAAUUUUAUCAUAUAUCAGAUGAAGCACGUCUUGGAUGUGGAAUCGAACUUUUCAAUUAUCUUGCCGAAUGCGUCAAAGAUUUUAUGACGUUGAAAAAUAUGCCAUUUGACAUGAAGAUUCCCAUGGGCUUUACAUUCUCAUUUCCAAUGAAGCAACACUCUCUACACUCUGCUGAACUUGUUACUUGGACAAAAUCAUUCAACUGUCCAUCAGUUGUCGGUUGUGAUGUCGUUCAAUUGCUUCAAACAUCGCUCCGCAAACAUGGAAUGAGAAAUAUCGAAGUGCUUUGCAUUCUUAACGACACAACUGGCACAUUGGUGGAAGGGGCACGUUUGGAUGCUAAAACACGUAUUGGGAUGAUUUUAGGAACUGGAUCGAAUGCAGCUUUUCUUGAACGUGCUGAUCGCGUGCAUCAUUGGGAAGGUGAACGUCAUGGCGAGAAGAAUGUUAUCAUCGACAUAGAGUGGGGAGCUUUUGGCGAUAAAGGUACAAUCGACUUCAUUAGAACUGAACAUGACAAAGAAGUUGAUAAUGGAUCUUUAUUAAAGCGAAGUUUUACUUUCGAGAAGUACAUCAGCGGAAAAUAUUUAGGCGAAGUUGUUCGUGUUGUUUUGAAGUCACUUUGCGACAAGAAUCUUCUGUUUACGAAAGCUUCAAAAGAUCUUUUCCCAGCACCUUGGAAAUUUGGCACUGAUAACGUUUCUCAUAUUGAAGAAGACGCACUGAAUGGAUGUUCAAACACCAGCACCGUCAAAGUUCUUGACAAAUUCAAUUACAGAUUUAAUAUCGACUACGACGAAGACGAUAUUAAAGUUAUUCAGUACACGACAGCUUUAGUGUCGUAUCGAGCGGCAUUGCUUGUUUCUAUUUGUACUUCUGUGCUAUUGAACCGAAUGACUGAGACAGACAUUACAGUUGCUGUCGAUGGAUCAGUCUACAAGCAUCAUCCCAGAUUAAAGAAAUGGAUGGUGCAAUUAAUCAAGGAAUUGUCACCUGAGAAGAAUUUUCAUUUGAUGUUGGCGGAAGAUGGAUCGGGGAAGGGUGCAGGUCUCGUGAGUGCCAUUGCUCAAAGAAUAAACACUCGUAACGUUUGCAUAACAAAUGGAAAUCAUAACAAUGGUCAUGCAAUGAACGGUCAUGGAAAGGAAAUGAAUGGACUUGGAAAACACAUGAAUGGUCAUCACAAUGGAGUUGUGAAUGGUUCUAAUGGUAUUCAUAAUGGACAUUGAUGAGCCUUCCCUCAAUUUACAUAAAAAAUAUGAAAAAAUAUAACACAGAAAUAAUUGACAGUUACCAUCAAUGUAAAAUGUAAAUGUUUACACUGCACUUUAUUAAUACUUAUCACAAGUUGAAACAUGUUUUCCCUUGCCAUUCAAUAAUUUUAUAAUUAAAUAACGAAAAUGUUAUUUAAACAGUACAAAUCAGCGAGAAAGUGCAAUUAAAAAAAUAUUUUCUUACUUUUCCUAAUUAAUUAACUGGAGAUGUUGAUUUUUAUUGAAUGUUUUCAAUGAAAACUAGGAAAACUCAAAUCAUGGCGUGACGUCAUAAUGAGAACCCUAAUGAAAACAUGUGUCAAGUAACCUCAAAGCAUAUUUUUACUUUUUAUGUACAUAGCUGAUGAAUCAGAUUCAUAAAAUGUCAUUUUAAAAUCGAAUCUUCACAUGUUGAUUAAUUUUAUAUUUUUUAUGAAUUUUUUAUGAUCUUAAGAAUAAGUGGCAUAAAAAUGGAAUGAAAUCAGAUUUUAAUAAGAAUUUGAAAAUGUUAUUUACUGAAGUCAAUUCUUUGACAGGACUGGAAACUUUUGUAAGUUAGAAAUGUUGAAAAGUAAAUUAUUUAGGUAUAUAAGAUAAAAUAAAGAAAAUUCCAUGUGAAACAUUAAAUUUUAAA